AUGGAACACAGUACAGAUUAUAUCUGGAGGGCCUAUGAGGAUCGUACCCUCACUGAGCUUAUACAGGUUAAUCCUGAACCUGAUACGGAACCAGCGAGCGAGUAUGUCGAUGAGUUUGAAGACUGGCAAGAAUUCCAAGCAGCAAUUCCUGACCCGGAUGAGCCAAGUCAUAUUCCAACACCAUUAACCUUUCAUCCAACCCACCCAAUAUCAGCUACUGUUAUUGAGCAUGUGCCUCUACUUCCAGAGUAUCCAGAAACUCAUGAGGAAGGGUUUGCCUAUAUCGUGAAUAUUGACAAAUCUAGACCGGAUAAGCUACGAGCUGUGAUGAAAUCUACACAGCUAUAUAACGCAACUAAAAGGAAGUUCCUUCGGGGUGUCGCUUGCGUUGUUCAUCCUCAGGGUCAGGGUAAAAUCCAGAGCCAUGGCGCUUGUAACGUUAUGUUCCAGACCUUUAUCCCGCUUCUUCCUGAGAGAUACCCAUAUGCAAUCUUCUACUCUCGUGGAACGCAUUCCCAUCCACCACCACCACCUACAAAAGCUCCAUGGAUAAUCGCUAGCGAGGUCCUAGAUCUGAUUUGCAAAAAUCUAGACCCAAACCUUAAGUUAAGCACAUUCCUACGCAGUCCUGCGCUUCGUGAAUUCUGCCAGCAACAUAAAUGCAAAACGCUAUCACAGAUCCACUCUAGCUUUGCUAAGAUCGAUAAGGUUGCGGCAUUACUUUGGAAACAACGAGCGCUAAGCUACCCAUACGGCAAAGGGAUAGCUGGCCUACGCCAUCAACUAGAUGUCAAACCUGAUCUAAAGGAAUUUGUUCAAGAGAUCUACGAAACUUCAGAAGGGACUUUUGUCUUCUGUGCUUUCGCGAAACAGCUCCAAUUUCUAGCAACGCGUGAUGCUAUCGAGGUUGAUAUGUCUUAUAAGCGGGUAAAAGGAGACAUCAACGAGGUGAUAUUUGCUACAAUGCUUACAGACCAUGGUAAAAUUCUGGAGCACGAUCCAAACCUCAAAUACUGGGUUCGACACAAGAGACACCCAGUAAUUGCAGCAGGGCUAUGUAAAGCAUGCUCAGGUGUUAGCCCUGAAUUCUUCUCUAGAUUCCGGCCUCAUACGAAUGCAGUUGAGCAAAGCCAUAAUAAGUCCUAUGCACUAGGAACUUACGAUUCAUUAUUAGGUGCUGUGACAAAGUCAUUAUACCUCGAUCAACAGGAUCUUGAUCAAUUAGAGAAUCGAGAUACUUUCGGUAUUCAUCACCGUUAUCAAGCUGAUGACAUUGAGGCCCGCUUUGGAAGGAAUCUCCAGCGCGAAGCUAGAAAAAGAGAGAAAGCAGAACAGAAAGCCGCUUAUUACAGAGACGCACGAAUUCAGUUUGAUAUUGACGAUCAAAUCCUCCUCGAAGCCUCAUCUUCUGGCUUCGUAUUUGAUAUUGAACGUCGGUCAAGGUCAGCUACACCACGGCCAAGAUCGAGAUCAGCCACCCCACGGCGAUCAAGCUCUAGAGGGGUUACACGUAGCCAGUCUCGUGCAUCCACAAGUUCCAGUCUUCGUCGUACAGCAGCGAUUAACUCGCAAAAUCGUGAUCAUUUAAGCGACCUUCGAGAGCUCGAAAUUCAGCAAAAGCGCCAGGAGAUAGAGGAUGCUCGAGAAGAAAGACAAAUAAAGCGCCAGCAGUUAGAGCUUGAGACUAAAGAACAAGAACUAAGGGUUGCGAAGAUGGAACUAGAAAGGCAGCUCGUUGCGGCGCAACUAGAGCAGAUAAAGAGAGGGAACUAG